UCCUACCUGCCCUUUCUUCCAAAGAGUAAAACCAAAUUUAGCAGCUUAGUUCCCAAGAAACGAUGAUCCCACCGCCACCGCAUAAGCUUAUGCACAGAAAUCAGCCAACAAGGCUGUUACCGGUUAGCUUGGUGCGCGCUGUAGAUCCGACGAGUCACCUGAAAUUCGUUGAAUAGAAAAUCAACUAACAGCCUUCUUUUCCUCUUUCUUCCACUGUACUUUCAACUAUUUUUCAAUUUCCCCCAAGCCCUCAACCAUCUGGGGCGGAAGCUUCUUAAAAAUGGUUUUGGGAUUUCUAUUGCGGACUACUGCAAAGGCAGGGGCGUUAGCCACCACUGUUGGUGGUGGAAUUGCAGCAGCGAAAAUUGCAACCUCAGAUGAUCCAGAAACUACCUUUAAGAUCUACACAGCUGUUCCUCUUCGUCUCGUUCGAGAUUCAUUUACUGUUGCCACCAUCGCGUUAGAUUAUGAAUGUUCUUUGUUGGGACUUCCGGAGAAGAGUGCUGAAAGGGAGAGAAUUAAACACGAAGUUCAUACACGUUCUGCCCGUAGACUUGAAGAACUAUGUUUUAGAAAUGGAGGGAUUUAUAUCAAGAUUGGUCAGCACAUUAGUCAGCUGGACUAUGUGGUUCCUCCAGAGUACGUCAAGACAAUGAGAAAAUCAAUGUUGAACAGAUGUCCAGUUUCUUCUUAUGAUGAAGUAUGUAAACUUUUCAAGAAAGAGCUUGGAGCGAUGCCAGAAGAUAUUUUCGAAGAAUUUAAUCCUGUCCCAUUGGCAAGUGCAUCCCUUGCACAAGUUCAUGAUGCUCGCACUCGUGACGGCCAAAGAGUUGCUGUCAAGGUUCAACACUCUCACAUGACAGAUACCGCGUCCGCAGACUACGCCACUGUUGAAUUGAUUCUCAACACUGUUCAUUGGUUAUUCCCUUCAUUUGAUUACAGAUGGUUGGUUGAUGAAAUGCGUGAAAGUUUGCCGAAGGAACUUGAUUUCGUGGUGGAGGCCAAGAACAGUGAGAAGUGUUUGGAUAACUUCAGGAGGUUAUCUCCUCAUCUGAGAGAUUAUGUAUAUGCUCCAAAGGUUUACUGGAAUUUAACUACGUCAAAGCUAUUGACCAUGGAGUUUAUUGAUGGCGCUCAAGUAAGUGAUGUGAAGGAGAUUAAAAGGCGUGGAAUUGAACCAAGUGAUGUAGCAAAAUUAGUUAGCAAAACUUUUGCAGAAAUGAUUUACAGACAUGGGUUUGUUCAUUGUGAUCCACAUGCUGCGAACCUGCUAAUUCGACCUAUGCCGUCUAACAAGAGGAGUAUUCUAGGUAGAAAAAAACCACAACUAGUAUUGCUUGACCAUGGUUUAUACAAGGAGCUUGAUGUUGCCACUAGAACCAAUUAUGCUGCAUUGUGGAAGGCAUUGGUAUUUUCUGAUGCUAGGGCAAUAAAAGAAUAUAGCGUAAAACUGGGUGCAGGAGAUGAUCUGUAUGCAUUGUUUGCUGGGAUUCUAACAAUGAGACCGUGGAAUAAGGUCAUUGACCCAGCUACAGAUCAUUUGGUGGUAAAAGGCACUGAUAGUGAUGUCUCAGAACUCCAGAUGUAUGCUUCUGAGUACUUCCCGCAGAUCACCGACCUUUUGGGGAGACUUCCGCGUGUAAUUCUGCUGAUGCUGAAGACAAACGAUUGCUUGCGAUCAGUCAAUAGGUCACUGUUGCAGGGAUCUUCACUUGAGACAUUCUUGAUCAUAGGACGGGUUUCAUCUGAGGCAGUGCUGGAGACAAAAAAGAUGCAAAGAAAGUCAUUCUUAUUGGGGUUGACCAUAUGGUUGGAAGAGAUUUUACUGGAAGCUCGUCUGAUGAGUAUGCAGAUUGCUGUUUGGCUUCUGCAGUUUAGGAAAGCAUUGUCAGGUUGAAAUCCGAUGGCAAUGCCUAGCUUCAGCUACCCAUUUUUUGUAGGUUGGCUCCUCUAUUCUUUCCAGGCUUGGCAUCUCAAUCAUUUAAUUAGUGGCCGGGAAGAAUGUUACAUUGGUUGGGAUCCAUAUUAAUUUAUACGUUUUACUUUCUUUAUUUGUAUAAACCCCAAAAGUGGGCCGAAAAGGUGAACUACACAAGAGAUUACUAACAUUGUUUCAGAGGGAUGUAAUUCUAUUCUACUGAUGUAAAAUAGAGUUGAGGAUAUUUAACAAUUGGGAUUCAAAUGAAUAUAAAUCUCCUCUUUUUAGAUGGUUGGAUA